AGUAAAUUAAUCGCAGUGAAACAACAAAAACCCUAAUCUGUUUGGAUACUGCGGCCGUAAGCUACCUUCACUCUCUCUGAAUCUGCUGCGACAAUGGCGAACGACGAAGAACGUCUCCAAGCUCAAGACCUAGGCUACGAUCCCAACUUCGUUCCCGAUCCAGUCAAAACCUUUGUUGUUCACCUCUACCGUCACAUCAGAGAGAAGAAUGUAUACGAGAUCCACCAAAUGUACGAAACCUCUUUCCAAACCCUAUCUGAGCGUUUCUUCAAGGACACACCAUGGCCCUCCGUAGACGCCGUCGCUCAAUACGUCGACAACGACCAUGUCUUCUGUCUUCUCUACCGUGAGAUGUGGUUUCGCCACCUCUAUGCUCGUCUCACUCCUACGCUUCGUCAGAGAAUCGAUUCGUGGGAUAAUUACUGUAGUCUCUUUCAGGUUGUUCUUCAUGGUGUUGUCAAUAUGCAGCUUCCGAAUCAAUGGCUUUGGGAUAUGGUUGACGAGUUUGUUUAUCAGUUUCAAAGCUUUUGUCAGUAUCGUGCUAAAAUGAAGAACAAAACUGAACAAGAAAUUGCUCUCUUGAAACAGUUCGAUCAGGCUUGGAAUGUUUUUGGUGUUCUGAACUUCUUGCAAGCGCUAGUUGAGAAGUCAACGAUUAUUCAGAUACUCGAGCAGGAGAAGGAAGGGCUUGAGCAAUUCACUUCAAAUGAUGGCUAUGAUUACAAUGGUGGUAGCAAUGUCUUGAAAGUUUUGGGGUAUUUUAGUAUGGUUGGUUUGCUGAGGGUUCAUUGUCUCUUGGGUGAUUAUCACACUGGUCUCAAGUGCUUGGAACCUAUUGAUAUUAGUCAGUCAGGUGUUUACACCAUUGUUAUUGGAUGCCACAUUACCACCAUUUACCACUACGGUUUUGCCAAUCUUAUGCUCCGCAGAUACGUUGAUGCAAUUCGUGAAUUCAACAAAAUUCUACUGUACAUCUUUAAGUACAAGGUGUACCAUCAGAAGUCUCCACAAUAUGAACAGAUAUUGAAGAAGAAUGAACAAAUGUAUGCGUUGCUGGCGAUUUCCCUCUCGCUCUGCCCCCAAAGCAGGCUUGUUGAUGAAACCGUGAACUCUCAGUUGCGAGAGAAGUAUGGCGAAAAGAUGAGUAGAAUGCAACGAUAUGAUGAUGAGGCUUUUGCUAUGUAUGAUGAGCUCUUCUCAUAUGCAUGCCCCAAGUUUAUUACCCCUUCAGCGCCCAGUUUUGAAGAGCCUCUAGUAAAUUACAACCAGGAUGCGUAUAGACUUCAAUUGAAACUGUUCCUUUAUGAAGCAAAGCAACAACAGUUGUUAUCAGGUCUCCGGACCUUCUUGAAAGUAUAUUCAACAAUCUCCCUUGCAAAACUUGCAAGUUACAUGGAAGUAGAUGAACCAACUUUAAGGACUAUCUUGAUGACAUACAAGCACAAGACUCAUGCUGUUGAUAGUGCUGGAAAAAUAAUAUCCAAUGCUGAUGUAGAUUUCUAUAUUGAUGAUGACACAAUUCAUGUUGUGGAGUCUAAACCUUCCAAACGGUAUGGAGAUUACUUCUUGCGUCAGGUUGUUAAGCUUGAAAAGGUGAUCAACGAGAUGGACAGUAUAAAGCUGGAGUGAGUUGAUGUACUUUGCACCCUUAUCGGUUUCCCUUUUUAAUUUGCUUUGCCGACAGAAUUUUGUUCACAUUUUAUUGAAGUGGAAGGAGGAUGUAGUUAGCUUCCUACAUGUAAUACUAAAUACUAUUUUUUGCUUGUCUUUUAUUUUAGAGAUAUUACCCACCCACUUAUGUUUUCAAAUGAGGGCAUAAAGAUUCAAUGUUCCUUUUUUUUUUGUGGACAAAUACCAUGUUUCUUUUGGUGCGUUGUUCUCCUUGUUUAUUGCUGAACACUGUUAAUGGCUAGUUUGUAGCAUCUAUCACUUAACAGUACAAAUAUGUAGAUUAAUGAUACGGCAGGGCCUUUCAAAA